UUCCAUUCGCUUCUUAUUUAAACAGGCGCUAUGUAGCCCUAAUUCACUAUAGCUUGAGCGAGCGCUAAUCACGAGGCAGUACUAAUAUUUCCAGGACUGCCACUAGCAGAUGAGCUGAAAACUCGAGGCUGGCACUGCAUAACUACCUAGGCGACUAAAUUUACCAUGUCCCUGGGAAGGGAGGCGUGCUGCGGUAUUAAAUAAUAUACCGUGACGCAUCAGCCGUUGACUAAAAAAGCAGCUGCGCACAUGCAGGGCAUCCCAGUGUCCGUCUGGAACUGACACACCCCUUCGUGGCUGCGGCGAGUUCAUUUUUGUUUCAUAGUCGCCACGCUUUGGUCUUCCCUGCUUCCUUCUAUAUUACAUUCAAGUUCUUCAUCUUUCGAUUUCGCUGACUACGUCAGGUCCCCCCCUUUAAUGGCUCCGGAUACUUUGUGGAACACAUUUCGGAAAUUUCGUCGCGUUGUUCUCGCUCUUGCUUCAAUUAUUUCCUUGACAUGGAGCAUCAUCAUUAUCGUGUACAUGGCCAACAAUUGGUCAAGCUACAAUUCCGGCGAGCGCGGAUUUCUAUUCGCUCUCAUCGUUCUUGAUUUCGUUAGUUCGAUUUUAUUGUAUCUCAUGAUCGUCGUGAAAUAUCAAUUUUGGCCGGACGCUGCGCGAACCAUGGUACUUUUGGGUAUUGACGUCGCCGCUGCCGUAGUCUUCAUGAUUCUUAGCCCCAAGUUUCCCUGCAACGCUUUUGGCUCGACUGCAAAAUGCCAUAAUAUGACAAUGACAGUUGUCAUAGGAUUAUGGGUCAUUUCCGCACUGAUACUUCUGUAUGCCAUCUGGUUGCCUUUCGUGCAUUUUAUCCCUCGCACACCCAGCGCAACUCAAGCUGACGAUUCGGAGAAUCAGCUUGGCGUUUCGGAAGUCACGGAUGAUCUACGCAUGUCUCAUGCGUCGUCCGCGUCUCAAGCGUUUCUCUUCAAAAAUCAGGAGGGGAUGUCUCCUGAGUUCCCUCCGUCGGAGCUUCCGUAUCCGCCACAACAAACAACGGGCGAUGAUCACAUCGAAAUGGAGAUGCCAAAUGCUACUGUAGGCUACUCUCAUGUGUCUCCUCGGUCCAGCAUCGCGAGAACCAUUCGUGCUCCAGGCAUUCCCAACAGAAGCGCAUCUGGUUCAUCAUCUCCGCAACAAUACCCAAGCCCCCCGGAGCCUCUUCUGUCGUCCACUUUGCCCAACCCCUUCGUCGGCGAGACUUUGGAUGCUAAUCGUGAUUCAGUGGCCAGCAGCCUAUAUGGAUCAACUUGUGAAUUCCCCACAGUUUCCAUACCAAUUGCUGAGGCACCUCGCCGAACCCUCAGUGCGAUCACGGGAAGGUCGGUUUCAGUGUAUUCCCAAAGGACUAUACCUUCCCGUCUCGGAACUACAUCCCCUGCAACUACUAGGCAGACUAGUCUGCUGACAUCACCAUCAAUAUCGCGCUCCCCUGUCACCCUGUCUGUACAUUCCAUGAUGGCCAGUGUCCACGAUCACGCGGAGCAUCAGACUGCAGGAGGAUCAAAUGAACUCACGUAUGAACUUCACCUUUCUGAUGUUCCCACAAGAUAUUCUAGGGACGAGUUAUCCGAUUUUCCUCGGGACAUAGUGCAAGAUCCUGUCCAACAUCCCACACUAGUGCGACCCAGCUUGCAACAUGUUCGCACUGAUUCUACAAAUUCCAAUAUCGAUCCAGACGAGUGGAGGAGACUCGUGCUUAGCGCGGCUGGACGAGAACUAUGACAUAUUUAGAUUUGGACUUUCACUUACAAUAACCUACGAGAGCAUGGUCAUUUCAUGGCCUGCCCAUAUGACUCGGACUUGAGAUUGGGGCCCACGUACUUCGUAUCCAUGGUGCUACUAGUAGCUUGCCUUAAUGAUGACGUCGACUUACGCUAUAUUCACUUGUCAAUAGUUUCAAAUACUUAUGCUUGUCGA